AUGAAGUACAUCCGAAUUGUCUAUUCUAAACUCAUUGCACCUCUCUUGCGCCCCAAAAAAAUACGCUCAAAAUCAUGUACCGAGCUACAUCGACUCUCAAACGCAUCGACGGUGUCAUCAUCAUUUUCCUCGCUCAAUUAUACCACGCUCGCGUAUUCGCCAUUCAUCUCGCUUCGGAUUCAUAUCUACUCUUAUCCUCGCACUGUAACGCUAUCCAUCUCUCGGCACUGUCGAUACUCGGAUUUCAAGCAAUUACUGAGCGAAUUGGUUGCGGGAUGCAAGGAUCAAUUUCUAAUCGCGUAUAGAAAGAAGAAAGGACGCGAAGUUGGAGUCGACAAGGAUUUUGCAGUGCUAAAGGGAAUAUUGAAUAACGAGGUUAUUCUGAUAACUGAGGAUUGUGUGUGGAGAGAAUUAAUGAUAAGAGAGUUGAGAGAGCGUGACGAGGCAGAAGUUACUGUGUUGUUUGUUAAUGGCCUGAAUGUAUGA